AGCGACGCACGCGGAGCAACGCACGCGGAGCAACGCACGCGGAGCAACGCACGCGGAGCAGACGAGGCAGCUGACGCCCCGUGGCUGGAUAGGGGGGGGGGAGUCGAGGAGACCGCGCGUCGUAGUGCGGAGGUCGCAUCUGGGCGCAGAGGGAGAUGCGGCUCCAGCCGGGCUCGGAGAGCCGCGCAGUCCGCCUCCGUGGCUGCUGAUGCCCGCCCCACGCCAGCAGCCGCAGGAGGACGGAGGAGCCGGAGAGCCGACUAGGAUGGUAGAGCGGCCGGGAGCAUGUCUGCGAUCACCGGCACCGUCAUGCUGAAGUGCGUGGUGGUGGGAGACGGCGCGGUGGGGAAGACGUGUCUGCUGAUGAGCUACGCCAACGACGCCUUCCCCGAGGAGUACGUGCCCACGGUCUUUGACCACUAUGCAGUGAGCGUCAACGUGGGAGGAAAGCAGUACCUGUUGGGACUCUAUGACACAGCUGGUCAGGAGGACUACGACCGGCUGAGGCCGCUGUCUUACCCGAUGACCGAUGUCUUCCUCAUCUGCUUCUCCGUGGUCAACCCGGCCAGUUUCCAGAACGUGCGUGAGGAGUGGGUGCCGGAGCUGCAGGAAUAUGCCCCCAGCGUCCCUUACCUGCUCAUCGGUACUCAGAUCGAUCUUCGCGAUGAUCCCAAAACCAUCUCCAAGCUGAAUGACAUGAAGGAGAAGCCUAUCACCUCGGAGCAAGGACAGAAACUGGCAAAGGAGAUCGGUGCUUGUUGCUAUGUGGAGUGUUCGGCACUAACUCAAAAGGGCCUAAAGACGGUGUUUGACGAGGCCAUCAUUGCCAUCCUGACUCCAAAGAGAAAGAGGGGAUCUUUGAAGAGAAGACUGGCCCCGCGCUGCAUCAACUGCUGUCUGAUCACGUGAUCCGAAAACUCCAGAUCGUUUACCAACCAAUCUGCCAACAAACAGGAGGCAAGAGUUGCAGGAGGAAAAGGUCAUGGAGCAUUUGAGACAAAUAAACACCUGAAAAGGAUAAAGACGAGCUUCUUUGACAGUGGAGCUCUCAAGGGGCACGAUGCUCUCCUGCUGUCCAGCACAGACUGAUGAUUCAGUUUUCUACCAAAGGAGCACAGCGCCCAGUCAUUCUCUUCUUUUUUAAGACUUCUGCCUCAAAUGUAUCUUAUUUUAAAACCAUUUAUAGUCAUUUUUUUCUGUACAAUGUUGCUGUAUGCUGUCAUAGAAAAAAAGAAAACAAUACAGUGUUUCAGGUUUCAGAGAAAUGCUGUAUUAUGAAGUUUUUGUUUUCUGAAAGUAGCCUUUCUGAAAGAACAAGCUAACAAAUGAUGAGAAUUUGUGAGAAAGUAACAGCUAUAUGCCAUUUAAAUGACAGAUUGUGGACCGAGAAAUGUAUUAUUACAAACAUUUUCUUUUAACAAAUGUUAUUUUAUACAGCAUGCCAAAUAUACAGUUAGUUAAAAUGGAGCCAAUGUUUUCACAGGGGAAAAAAAGGUUUAUUAUCCAUUUUUUAAUAUUUAAAAUAUUCUGAGUUAUGAUUCUGUACCUAAAACAGAGAUUAUCCAGUGAAUGAACUGAGCAUAUUACCUGCAAAAUUGCUGGGUUUUUUUUUUUCUUUAAAUCUUCCAAUAGCAGGUUAUUCUUAUGUCACGUUUAACAAAAGGUUCAAGAGGGGAAAAGGGAUCUCGUUUUACAAAAGGGAAACUGUAAUGUAAAAUCCAAAGAACCAAACACUUUGAUUAAAACCAGGUGGAUAAACGACCCAAUACUGUAAACUGCACAACAAGGAGCACAGCUGUUCAUUUUCCCAGCACAAUAUUGCACAUUCCCAUGCUUUCCACCCGCGUGUCUUCAUUAGUUUAAAGCACAGACGAUGCACACUCCCUGAACAGGCACAACUAGCAUAGCGCAAACAUAGCACAGUAGUAGCAUCUGCUUGCUUCAGAUGCUAAAAAGCCCAAUUUUCUUUUUUAUUCAGUUAAUAUCUACACACUACUAUAUUAGAAUUCAACAGAGACUUUAGUUUAUAAGUAAAACAUUGGUUAUAAUGAAAUAUUUACACCAAUUGGUGGCCUUUAGCUACAGUACUGAAUGAGGUUUGUCAGAGGCUAAUGCUAGGUUUGGAUUCCCCUAUAAAUGACCUACAUUUAUCUACUGAGUACAAAACCUGUAAAAUACAUACCAAGUACAAAUGGAAUAUACUCGACGUGGAUUAUGUUGUGUAAACAUUUUUACUAAACUUUUUAACUAAAAUUGGCAUACAGCUGCUAACAUUUUUAUCCACUUGUUUUGUUUUAGCUUCAUUGUACUGCAACCUGAUUCUGUGAAUCAUUAGUUAGAAAGACUUUCAACAGAGACUCCACAGGAUCCCUUACAAAAAGUAGUACACGUGAAGUAUUUUUUUAAUUAAGUAUACUUUAAAACAAGUAAAGCAAGUUUACUAUAGAACACAUGAGUUUAGUGUAGGAAGUAUUGUGACUGAAUACUUCUUCAGACUAUUUUGGAAAUGUUUAAGUUUGCAAGAUAGUAUAUUAAAAGUAAACUUCAAGUAUACUGCCUUACUAUAGACUACUUGUAGUACGCUUACAUUGACUACUUUCUGCUAAGGGGAUACAGAUGGUGCAACUCAGUUUAUUAAACUAAAAUCUAAACACAUUUUCUUUUAUUAUGGUUAUUCUAUUAUAGAAAAGUCUAUUCAACACAAUAAUGUUCCUCAAAAAAGAUUUUAAAAAAAUAAUAAAUGUUUAAAAUUACAUGUCUGAAACCCCCAAGUUUUCAUUGAAGAUAAAAUCUUGAGACUGUGACUGAAUUGUUUUGCAAGCCACAAAUCAGUGACAUCAUCUGCUCUUCCUUUAUGCAUUUCCUUUCUUGCUCUUUUAUAAACUUUAAAAAUAUCUAUAUAUAUCCAUCAAAGGUGCCAACUCCUAAUAAUUUGUUAGGUAUGAUGAUUUUAAGCUUUAAUGUCAAAGGUGCUCCUCCUCUUUAUCUCAGCCUGUGUUGUGUUUGUGUCCUUUAAGACGCCUGCAGGCUGAACAGCCAUGUCCUCAGACAAUUUGCUUGCUAUUUUGUGUAAAGGUCCACUCUCAGGAUGCUGGACUUAAGUGCCACAGCUACCAGUGCAUUCUCUUACUAAUGCUCUACUCAAUAAAUGUGUUGACCGUGUUAAUAAGCUGA